AUGGUCGUCGGCUUGAUUGCAGCUUGGCUGCUACCUGCAGCGUCGCUGCGACCGGCAGCCUCGCUGCUACCUGCAGCGUCGCUGCGACCGAGCAGCGUCGCACAACGAGCGUGGCAGCCUCAAACGCAAUGCCGGUCGCACACGCCAGUCAUGCGGGAGCCGGAGCCGCUUCUGUCUCGCAUCGCUCGGCUGCCGCGGCGCGUGCUCCACUCCAUCACGGAGGGCGACAGGAUCAAUCGCAAUGCCCCGCCUCCGCCCGGCGAGCGGCGUGUCGGCGUCGCCUUUGUGAUGGGCUACCUCUGGCCGGAGCGAGGCGUGCGGACGGCCCGGCUGCGUGUACUCGCGUCCCUCGCGCUGCUCGUCGUGGCCAAGGUCUUCAUCGUGCGCGUGCCCUUCAUGUUCAAGCGCGCGAUCGACGCCGUCGUCGACGGCGCCGUGCCGCGCUCCACCAGCGUCGGGCUCAUGUUUGCGUACGGCGUCUCACGCGCGGUGUACACCUUCCUCCAAGAGGGGCGCUACCUCCUCUUCACUCCAGUCGGCCAGUCGGCGCUGCGGCGCUUCACCGCAGACGCCUUUGCACACGUGCAGUCGCUCGACGCGAUGUGGCUCGGCGGCCAGUCUACGGGAGAGCUGUCGCGCGUCUUUGCGCGAGGCAUGCGCGGCAUGAACGCUCUGCUGCGACUCGUCGUCUUCAACAUCGGGCCGACGCUGCUCGAGACGGCGCUCGCGCUCUGGCUGCUGGGGAGGAGGUACGGGGGCGCCUUCCUCGCCGUCUCGCUAGCCACGGUCUCGGCCUUUGUCGGCUGGUCUCUCCUCGUCGUGCAGCGGCGGGUGGCUCUGCUCUGCGCCGUCAACGACACGGACAACGUGCUCUUCACCAGGCUCUUCAACGCCCUCCUCUGCAACGAGGCGGUGCGCACCAAUGCCAACGAGGACUUUGAGGUGCGGCGGUACGACGACUCCCUCGCCCUCGCGGAGAGGCUCGCGGUAGCAGACGUCAAGACAGUGGCAGCGCUGAACGUCGGCCAGGCAGUCUGCUUCUGGGGCGGGCUGGGCUGCAUGAUGGUCCUCUGCGCCGGCUGCGUCUCGAGCGGCGCGCUGACAGUCGGCGACGCCGUCGCGAUCAACGGGCUGCUGCUGCAGCUGCAGCAGCCGCUCGCCUCGCUCGGGUUCACGUACCAGGAGAUUCGGCAGGCCACCGCAGACAUGCGGCAGCUCCUCGCGCUGCUGCGCCGGCUGCCGCGCGUGCGCCCUCCCGCGGGCGCACCGCCACUCGCCUCCGCCGGCACCGCCUCGCGGCUGCGCUUCGACGGCGUCUCGUUUGGGCCCCGCCUUCUGAUGGGCGCUCGAGUGGCCAAGCGAGGCUUGUUGGCUCACCAGGCGCUGCGGCUGCACGACCCCGGACGCGGCCGCGUGACGAUCGACGGUGACGACAUCGCGGCGGUCUCGCUGAGCUCGCUGCGGCAGCGCGUGUCCCUCGACACGAUCCUGUUCGACGACACUGCAGAGUACAACAUCCGGUACGGCAAUCUCUCCGCCAGCGACGAGCAGGUCGCGUCGGCCGCCGAGCGGGUCGGCUUGCUCACGCCCGGCGGAGGCUUGACGCCGCCGCAGGGCUUCGCGACGCGCUGCAAGGCCGUGCUCGAUGAGGCCUUCGCCAACGUCACCGUGCUCACCGUGGCUCACCGGCUGCGGUCGGUGAUGGACUACGACCAGAUCCUGGUCAUGCAGCAGGGGCGGCUGGUCGAGCGCGGGACGCACGCGGCGCUGCUCUGCGCAAACGGCACCUACGCUCGGCUGUGGCAGCGGCAGGCGGACGGCGGCGGCGAUGGGGCGGACGCGUUUUGGCGCGACGGCAUCCCCGACUACUGCGAGCUCGUCGACUCGGAGUCGAUCGCGCGCUUGGCGAUGGGCGACGUCGAGGACGCUCUCACCCUGCGGGCGCUGGACAGCGUGGACGGGAGGGGGCAGGGCCGCGGCGGGUGGCUCUGGUGAGAGUGCCUGAGAGGGAGAAUAGGCUUAUGUCGACGAACAUUUUAGCCUGGCGCCGAUGAGGAAAGAUGAUGUAUGU